AUGUCACUGUCCGAUGAGCUGGAAGCGAAGAAGUACCAUUGGGCGCUGUUGAUCGCGGGGUCCCAAGGCUGGUGGAAUUACCGCCAUCAGGCCGAUGUGUGCCAUGCCUACCAGGUUCUGAAGGCCAACGGCUUGGCAGACGACCAUAUCAUUGUCAUGGUGUACGAUGACAUCGCCGGCGAUCCCAACAAUCCGUACCCAGGAAAAAUAUAUAACAAGCCAGGCGGCAACGACGUCUACCCGGGCUGCGCGAAAGACUACACCGGUGACGACAUCACCCCCGCUACCGUCCUGGCCGUCCUGUCCGGCAACGCGGAGGCCGUGGCGGGCGUCGGCAGCGGCCGGGUCGUGAACUCAACGUCCUGCGACCGCAUCUUCGUCUACUACUCCGACCACGGCGCGGACGGCAUCCUGGGCAUGCCCACCGACGACUUCAUCUACGCGGACGCCCUCAACGCCACGCUGAACACCAUGGCGCAGGCCAACGCCUUCAAGGAGCUGGUGAUGUACAUCGAGGCCUGCGAAUCGGCAUCCAUGUUCCAGGGCAUACUGAACCCGGAUAUGGGCGUGUACGUCAUGACGGCCUCCAACUCCGUGGAGAGUUCUUGGGCGACUUACUGCCCGGAUCCUGAGGCCCUUGCGGCCGUGACGGCGGCAGGCCAGAUGCCGGGGGCCGAGCCCACCGCCCUGGGCACCUGCAUGGGCGACCUGUUUAGCGUGGCGUGGAUCGAGGACACGGAGGACGAGAGCAUAUCCGACGAGACGCUGGGGAGCCAGUACAGGGCCGUGCGGGCCCGCACCUCCAACAACGGCACCUUCACCUUUGGCAGCCACGUGAUGCGGUUCGGGGAGCAGAAGCUGGAUGAGUACCCCGUGGGCGACUUCAUGGGGCCCUACGCGCUGCCGCCUAAGGUCGAGGCUGAGGGCGCUGAGGUGGCGCAUCGGUCGGAAGCGGGGGGUGAUGGGUGGAUCCAUGCGCCGCAGAGGGACGGCCUGCUGGUGCAUCUGAUGCACCGCGUGGCCAAGGCGGAGGCCAACGGAGAGAACGGAGGAAGGGAGCUGGACGAUCUGCGAUCGGCGCUCGAGGCCCGCCACAGGGUGGACAGGUCCGUGGAGGCCACGGUGAGGUUUCUGGUCGCUACCGGGGCCGUCGGUGAGGGGGCCGAUCCCACCGGCGAGGCGCUGGUGUCGAUGAUAGUGAAUGACAGGAUUGGGGACCCUGCGGGCGCACUCUUGGAGGACUGGGACUGCCUGAGGGCGCUGGUGGCCGCCUGGCGGGAGCGAUGCGGGCGGCUGGACGACUAUGGCAUGAAGCACACGCGCGCCUUCGCCAACCUGUGCAACGCCGGCGUGGGGAUCGAGGAGUUCCGGGCGGCCGCCGGGCAGUCGGAUUGCCAGGCAGCCGCACAGCCGAUGCCCGCGGACGUCAUUCUGACGACUUAG